CCAUUCUGUCCAAUCUUUCCACCGAUUCUCAUAGCCCUCCCGGCCCUUCUCAAGGUCUCGCAGGGUGAAGAGUCAGGCACAUGCUUGGUUCACCGUUCGGGGGCCCUAUCUUCUCGAUAGCUUAAAAGUUUCCUUCCCACAACUGCUCGCGUGGGCGGCUAGUAUUCGUGGGCCAUCGUAGUCAAUAUUGGCAUGGGUGGUAAUCAAACUAUCGUCAGCUUUCCUGGCUGUAACCGGUAGUCUCAUUUCGUGUUGUUGAUGCCUCUUGGUUCCGUCGUUCGUGACCUGCCUGUUAAAUAUGUAGCAUCGAAGCGCUGGUGUUGCAUCGUGAGAGAGGUCUCUUUCUCUCCUCACCUCCAACCUCCAGUCAUUCUUUCUCGCCCUCCCUCCCUACCUCCCUCUCCUCUCACUUUGUGUGACAGCAAGUGAUUGUGACCCCCUCACCUUUUCCAAAAUGGUGUCUCUCCUCAGCUUGCUCGCCCUCGCGCCCGCGGCGGUCUCGGCCUUCUCCAUCGGCCGGGCAGGACCGGGCGCCGGCAUCCGACCGGGAGGCCCGUUCUUCGGCGGCCACGACAUCGCACAGAGAGCCACGGACUGCCGCUGCUUCCCCGGCGAAGAAUGCUGGCCGACGGUGGCUGAGUGGUCGGCCUUCAACACCACAGUCGGCGGCCGCCUCAUCGCCACGAUCCCCAUCGGCGCCGUCUGCCACGACAGCACCUUUGGCGCCUACGACGAGGCCAAGUGCACCGCCCUCCAGAACAGUUGGUCCGCCUCCGAGACGCACAUCCAGACUUCGUCGUCCGUCAUGGCCGCCUUCUUCGCCAACCAGAGCUGCGAUCCGUUCCUCGCCAAGACGGACCGCUGCGUCAUCGGCACCUACGUCCAGUACGCCGUCAAGGCCGCCAGCGCCGACGACUACGCAAAGACGAUCCGCUUCGCGCAGGACUACAACAUCCGUCUCGUCAUCCGUAACACGGGCCACGACUACCUCGGCAAGUCCACUGGUGCCGGCGCCCUCGCGCUCUGGACGCACCAUCUGAAGGACAUUAGCGUGCUCGACUACAAGUCCACCGCGUACACCGGCAAGGCGCUCAAGCUCGGCGCCGGCGUCCAGGCCGGUGAGGCCCAGUCCGCUGCGCACGCCCAGGGACUCGUUGUCGUGGGCGGUAACAGCCCUACCGUCGGCAUCGCGGGAGGCUACACGCAGGGCGGCGGCCACGGGCCCCUCGUCUCAAAGUACGGACUCGCGGCCGACCAGGUGCUCGAGUGGGAGGUCGUCACCUCGGGCGGCAAGACGCUCGUCGCGACCCCGACUUCCAACUCGGACCUGUACUGGGCGCUUUCUGGCGGCGGUGGCGGCGUCUACGCGGCCGUCUUGUCCAUGACGGUCAAGGCCUACGCCGACACCAUUGUCUCGUCGGCCAACCUGACUUUCACCAACUCUGGUGUUACGGACGAUGUGUUUUACGGUGCGGUGACGACCUACCUCAAGACCCUCCCCGACAUUGUCGACGCCGGUGCCGUCAGCAUUUGGCUCCUCGCCUCGGGCGUUUUCCAGAUGCAGCCUACGACUCUGCCCAACAAGACCAAGGAAGAGCUCCAGGUUCUGCUGCAGCCUACUCUUGACGCUCUCGAUACUGCCGGUAUCACCUAUGAUUUCAACAUUGGUCAGUACACCAACUUCCUGGACAGCUACAACGACAUGAACCCGGAGCCCGCUGUGACCGAGUUCAACAUUGGCGGCCGUCUCAUGCCCCGCACCCUCGUCGCCGACGACGCCUCCGCGGCCAGCCUCAUGACCGCGCUCAGAAGCAUCCUGAGCAACGGCGGCAUUAUCUCAGGCCUCACCAUCAACGUCGCCCGCGCUGCCAACGCCGUCGCCAACUCGGUGAACCCGGCCUGGCGCACCGCCCUCUUCUCCGCCGUCGUGGGAACUGCCUACAGCCGCACCGACUUCUCCACCCUCGUCUCGGGCCAGACUACGGUCACGGACACGCUCAUCCCGGCCCUCAAGGCGCUGACGCCCGGCGGCGGCGCGUACCUCAACGAGGCGGACCGCAACGAGGUCGACUUCCAGUCCACGUUCUACGGCAGCGCAAACUACGCCAAGCUCAAGGCGAUCAAGAAGCUCUACGACCCUUGCAGCACGUUUUACGCUCUGACGGGUGUCGGCAGCGAUGAUUGGGAGCCCCGAGCGCCGUUUGACGAAGAAUAUCUCGCUUACGACACCUGA